AUGGAGCGUAUUCGUUACAACAACGAAGAAUUAGCAAACAUGUUGCUUAUUUACGGUCAAUGUCAUAAAAAUCAAAGGCAAGCUGCAGCCCUCUAUGCCGCACGUUUUCCCGAUAAGCGACAUCCAGGACACGGUUUUUUUACAUCUUUAUUCAGUAGAGUUUGUCGAUAUGGACUGUUUCACGCUCCAACACGUCCACGAGUUGUACCCCAACGUGACGAAGAAACAAUUAAUAAUGUAAGAGAAGCACUUAUUGCCAAUCCGCAUACGAGUACGAGAAGUAUUGCCCAUGAUCUACAGCUAUGCCAUGUCAAGGUUCAUAAAAUUAUAAAGCAUAAUCUUGGAUGGCAUCCAUUUAAGAGGCAUAAAACGCAAAAAUUAUUUCCUCAAAAUUUGCCACGCCGAGAAGCAUUUUGUGAUUGGCUGUCAGAACAAGUUGACUUGAAUAACAUCGCGAAUGAUUAUUUCUUAAGGAGAAUUCUCUGGACAGAUGAGUGCACUUUCCGCAGUGAUGGGCACAUAAACAGGCACAAUGAACAUCAUUAUGCAGAAGAAAAUCCUCAUUGCCGAAAAGAAACACACAUUCAGGGACAAUUCCAUAUAAAUGUCUGGAUGGGAAUUUUGGAUAAUCAAGUUAUCGGACCGUACUUCUUCCCAGAAAAUAUUAAAAUCACAGCACAAGUUUAUUCCGCUUUCCUGGAGGAAAUACUACCGGAUUUAUUAGAAGACGUUCCAUUGGCUAUAAGACCAAAUAUUAUUUUUCAGCAAGAUGGUCAUCCUGCCCAUACAUCCUUUCUCGCGCGUACCGUAUUAAAUCAAAGAUUUCGGAACAGGUAGAUAGGCAUCGGAAGUACUCUGCAUGAAUGGCCCCCACGUUCUCCUUUUUUUUUUUGACCCGGUGGAAAUCCUCAUGGACCGUCCCCCCGCCCUGCUGGGACAGAGACGGGGGGGUGUGUGGGACUCGUCUCCCUGGCCCCUGGGCUGUUGACACCCGUGGGACCAGUAGUGCAAUGGAGACGCCUACCGCACUAAAACCACCGGGAGUGGACUUCUCUGCGCUAUUGGGGGCUGCCAAGGGAAUGCAAAACUAGAACUGCUCGACAGCCCUCGCGCCGCGCGUGUAUGCCGUACGCGCACCUCUAGGCCUUGAUUGUGAAGGCCUGGCCCUGAGAAGGGCCUUCUCCUAUGGCCCUGAGAAGGGCCUUCUCCUCCUCUAAUUUGCGGCGGGGGUGCCACCAGGCCUCCCGCCGCGCCCCUCGUUGUUGUGGGGGCGGGUGGGUCACAAGUCUCCAGCUUGUGCCCACCCCUAGGGUCCCGGACCUUUCUCCUCCCCUUUGAGUCGCCUUUUACGACAGGCAGGGGCUACCCCGGGGCUAUUCUUAAAGCGGCACCCGUACGCCUAAAAUGGGACCCUACGUCUCUGCACCGAUGACAUGGUGCUAUCUCUCUUAUGGCCUAAGAUGUGCCAUUUGACGACGCCGACGACCGACUAAUCUUCGUCUUCUUGGCGGUCCGCCUCCUCCUCCGUUUUGCUGCGUUGGAGGGUUCGUCUCUCCUUUGCGCAGCCUUUCCUUCUCUUCCUUCUGCGUAAUUACUGCCUCACAGAAGGUCGAGAAGGCCGUCCAUGCCUCCUCCUCGUUAAUUAUCGCUUCCACGACGGCGCCUAGGGACAGAUCGUCCCCGAUAAUUGCGGACAGGGCCCGGCGCUCACCCUCCCAGGCUGGACAUGCCUCGAGGGUGUGCUGCGCCGAGUCCGUGUCCCCGUCGCAGUGAUGACAUCUGGUGUCGUUAUCUCGUCCAAUGCGACACAGGUACUCUCCGAAACAGCCGUGUCCGGAGAGCACCUGCGUCGUCCUAAACGAAGCCCUAGCUCCCGCCCGGUCGAGCCACUCGUCGAGUCUCGGAAGGAUCGCCUCAACUGUCCUUCGUCCGAACCC